UAACGGACAUAGCUGCUACUUCGCUUUCUAUUUGUUCUCCGUCGUCGUUGACCCCUCUGAUACAAAAAUAAAGUUUAUCUAUAAUAUUUACUUAAAUACUUAGCAUUCACCCGUAUCAAUGGUGUUUUAAUAAGUACAUAAAUAAAAAAAGCUUGAAAGAUGCUUGUGAGACAUAUCACCCGUACAUUAUGGAAUACAUUAAAAGUGGAGAAGAGGUUUUUAGCCUCAAAGCCUACAAAGCCUGAAGCAGAAGUUGAGGAUAAUAUUGAACCUGUCCAGGCAGAUGCAUUAGACAGGGAUAUUUGUCUGCUGGUUGAUGAGAAGGAUAACUUCAUAGGAACUGCUACAAAACGAGACUGUCACAAAGUUGGUCCUGAUGGCAGUGUACCGUUACACAGAGCCUUCAGUGUAUUUUUAUUUAAUAAAAGAGGUGACAUACUCUUGCAGAGAAGAUCAAGUCAGAAAGUAACAUAUCCAGAGUAUUAUACAAAUGCAUGUUGUAGUCACCCUCUUUACAUAGACAACCAACCUGAAGAUGUGAUUACAGCUGCUAGACGUAGGCUCAACCAUGAAUUGGGUAUUCCUCUCGAUAAGAUGGACCCAGAAAUGUUUACAUUUCUAACUCGUGUGCACUACCACGACCCAGGCGACGGCAUGUGGGGUGAACACGAAAUCGACCACAUCCUGUUCUUCCAAGCUGAUGUGAAGGUCAAGCCCAACUCUGAUGAAAUCUCAGAGUACUGCUUCGUGCCAAAAAGUGAAUUUAAUGCGUACAUUCCGACACUUGAAGGGCCAAUAACACCAUGGUUUAACAUGAUUCGUCGUCAUAGACUCAAAUUAUGGUGGGACAACCUUCAUCGUAUCAAGGAGCUAGCCGAACCGGAUAAGAUACAAAAAUUCUUAAACGAGAAAUGAUUCACCAUUACUUAUAUAAAAUAUUAUAAUUUAAAUUAUUAUCAUUGUUGUAUGACUAAGGUUAACGAUAUGUAUCUAGAAUUUACUAAAUUAUAUUAUAUUUAAAGAUGUAAAAUUAUUUAUCCAAAAAAAUAAUAACUGUGCUUAUUUUAUCCACAUUUAAGCAUUUUGUAUCACUGCGUAGUUAAAAUACAAAUUUUAUAUUAAGUCAAAUUACCUAUAUAAAAUAAGUAUAAAAUUGUUUUGUUUGCAUAUCUCGAUUUGGGUUCAUCAUUAUUUUUACUCAAGUUGACAGAACUAAAGGUGUUUAAAUGUCAAAAAAUAUGCGUCAAACUAAAAUGAAAAAAUAACAAUUAUACCUUUUCAGUUCCAACUCGUUCAUCAAUAGGUCAUUUGAUCGCUACUACAUGACAGGAAUACAAGUAAUUCUUUCCAAUAUGUGGAUGGAAUAAAAUAGCAAGUUUUUUAGUCCUUUCAAAUUGUAUACGACCAAUCAUUAAAACUAUCGCAUUAUUAAAUAAAAACAUUCAACUUAAAUACAAAUAAAUGAAACAGCAUUUAGGCUACGCCGUUUUAAUUUUAUAAUUUUGUAGAAUAUUAUUUAAAUAUUUUCCCUUGGAUAUUUAAUAUGAUUUUAGUAUUUAAAUUAUAUUUUUAUCUGUAACAUUUUACAUUACUUUAGUAUGGUUUUGUAUUGUAUGUAUAAUUAAUGGUGCUUGAAUGAUUAUAAAUUUAAAAUUAA